GAGAUGCACCAACAGCAAGCCAUCGACUCCCUGCAGGAGCUGGUGCGAUCCCUGUGGCCCGAUGCUAUGAUUGACGUUUAUGGCUCAAGCUACACGCGGUUAGCAUUGCCUGUGAGUGACAUCGAUUGUGUGGAACGCCAGCCGUGGACAAAAGAACUGGAGCUGCUAGGAAGCGCGAAGAUCCCAGUGCUCAAGAUGACCUACUCCAUCGACCCAACCCAGCAAGAUGUGCUACUCGACCUCACGUGCGGUCAUUCCGUUGGCCACACUGGGCUGGGUGCCCGUGACCUAAUUUAUUCGUUCCAAGCGGAGAUGCCAGCCUUGCGCCCCCUGGUCCUGAUUCUGAAAAGCCAUCUCCUCCGCAAUGACUUGAAGUGCGCGUUCAUUGGCGGCAUCUCCUCCUACGUGUUGGUGAUCCUGGUGAUUCGAUUCUUGCAGGUACGCUGCGCUUGUGCUGGGCCGCAGCCGAAAUGGUGCUACAUCUUUUCCCGCAAUGGACGCGUUACGUGGCGCACUGGCAUCGGCAGCCUCCUGAUGCUCUUCCUGGAAACGUACAUUACGUUUGAUUAUCGCCAUUUCGGCAUCUCCAUUGAGAACGAAGGGUUCUUUUUUCUGCUUCCGCCGGAGAAAGUGGUCUCCUCGCAAGUCUCCGUUGUCAUCCCGUACGUCGCGGAUCCGAUCAAGCCUGGACGAAGCAUCUGCAACUGCUUCCGUAUGCACGAGGUGAUUCAAGCGUGGCUCGCAUUGUACCAGAACCUGGUGGCUGGCGCCCCAUUGGCGGCGUGCAUUGCAAGUGGUUUGAAUCCUUGA